AUGCUUUCUCUGACUGCAGUCUUGGUAGCGGUUGUCUGCGUUUUGAUUGUGUGGAUCUUUAAACCUGCUGACAGAAGCCUCCAGAAGGAGAGGGAGCCUGAAGCCCGGCCCUGGGUGGAUGAAGACUUAAAAGACAGCACUGACCACCACCAGGUCCAAGAAGAUGUAGAUGAAUGGCCAGAAUCAGAGGAAGACGUUGAACACAUCCCAUUCUCCCAUACCCGGUAUCCUGAGAAGGAAAUGGCUAAGAGGUCACAGGAAUUUUAUGAGCUUCUCAAUAAGAGACGGUCGGUCAGGUUCAUAAGUAACGAGCAAGUCCCAAUGGAAGUCAUUAAUAAUGUCAUCAAAGCAGCAGGAACAGCCCCAAGCGGGGCCCACACGGAACCCUGGACCUUUGUGGUGGUGAAGGACCCAGACACGAAGCAUAAGAUCCGGGAGAUCAUCGAAAAGGAAGAGGAAAUAAACUACAUGAAGAGGAUGGGACACCGAUGGGUCACGGACUUGAAGAAACUGAGAACCAACUGGGUUAAAGAAUACCUGGACACUGCCCCUGUUUUGAUUCUCAUUUUCAAACAAGUACAUGGGUUUACUGCAAGUGGCAAGAAAAAGGUCCACUACUACAAUGAGAUCAGUGUCUCCAUCGCGUGCGGCAUCCUGCUGGCUGCGCUGCAGAAUGCAGGGCUGGUGACAGUCACUACCACUCCUCUCAACUGUGGCCCUCCUCUGAGGAUGCUCCUGGGCCGCCCCCCACAUGAGAAGCUGCUGAUGCUGCUCCCUGUGGGUUAUCCCAGCAAAGAGGCCACGGUGCCUGAUCUCAAACGGAAAGCGCUGGACCAGAUCAUGGUGACAGUGUAG